AUGUGGGUGUUUGAGGCUUUAAGGUUUGUAUAUAUCAUAGUUAGAACACGAGGUUUAGGUCAUGUGUUAGGAACUGGUAGAGGUAGAGGCAUUAGUGAGGAUGCGCAUCAGGCUGAUGUUCCUCGGCGUCGCAGGCCUACUACUUCAGCACGUAGGCAAUGGGUUCGUGUGCAUGAGGACGCUACACAGAGACCCGAGGAUGUGUCUCAGUUGCAUAAGGAUGUUCCUCAUGUGUCUAAUGCUACCCCAGAGAUGACAGGCGCCGUCGAUGCUGUUCACAUAGAGGGAGUGGCUACUGAUGGGAGCUUGGGGUCAUUUGCUAGAGAUGAGGGAUUCCCCUGUGGGCUACGUGACCCAUCAGUUUUGACCGGUUUUGCUGAGCAUGUCGCACACAGCAUCUGGAGUGGACAUGAAGGACCCGAUCUGAAGUUGGUAUCCCAUGGUAGAAAAGUAGAUAAAAUUGGGAGACCAGCGCCUGAGAUCGAAGGCAUGAUUGCUGCCACCGGAUUGAGUCCACUGAUCAGGUGUUCUGUUAUCACCACUGAUCCUGGACUCAUAUCCACAUUCGUCAAGAGGUGGCAUCGUGAGACUAACACGUUCCACCUGCCAGUAGGCGAGUUGAUGAUCACGUUGGAUGACAUGGCGUCACUCCUACACGUUCCCAUCACUGGCGUGCUGCAUAAGUUUGAGCCGCUGGUUACUUUAGACGCGAUUGGUCUACUGACGGAGCUUCUUGAGGUGAGUCAUGAGGAGGCUACAGCUGAGACCCGAUAG